UUGGCUGUGUAUUUACCCACAUUUUUAUAUUUUUAGCUACUUAACGGGGUUCUGGUGCGUUUGCUGCGCUAAAGGCUUUUUUUUAAAGAGCGUUUUUAUAUGUCCGUGUUUGCCGUUCGGAUACUAUAAUUUAUCGUUGUUAGCAUCCGGCCAAUAUGUCGCUCUUCAGUGUGCAGGCGAGGAAGCACACGGCUUAUUACGACCACCUGAUGUCCACACCAACGUCCAGGACCAAGGAGCUCCGGAAGUUAUCUGACACGCCGGCAGACUCCACUUGUGAAGACACCAGGAAUAGCGAUACCAGCAGACACAUGAACAAGACCUAUGUCAUCUCUGCUGUAACGAAAUCCAACAGUGCCACGCGAACUCGUCUGACUCUCCAGAGAAGGUCCAGAAGGAAGACCGGUGAGCAUACCGUGGUUGACAGCGCUCAGAUCAGCAUCACUCCGGCUCCGGAGAAGAGGUUGACCUUGCAGCGAAGAAUCAAGAUUCCGGACCGGACUACUACGGCGCAUGUUGUCAACGGCCCCAACAUGACGUCUAAAGUUCUGAGUGAGCCAAAUGGACGGGUUCCGAGCGUAUACCGCUCCGCGAGUUUGAGGGACACAAAAGGGAAAGACACUAAAAGUCACGUGGGUCACUCUCAAACGCCAUCCUCGUCCUCGCACACCUGCACAGGUAAGCAACAAGCGGAGGACACGUUUAAGACCCCCACCAAACAGACCCAGUUCGGGAGAAUUGCAGCCAAAAGAGACGUGUUUGAAAAAUUGACCGCCAAAGAAGCCCCUAAACUAGUCGUAGCUAAAUCUGCGAGUCUUGAAAGAUCCAAAUCCAGAGUGCAGCAGCUUGUGGAGGUUCGACCUGUCCCUGCACCCCGAGGUGUCAAGACGAGUGGGACCAAGACAAACACAGCCCCGCUGGUCAAACUCGGUUCUACAAACAGAGAAGUGACCAGGAUUUCAUCCAACACUCAACCACCCCAGGAGUCCCAGUCCAAGAGCAGUGAGGCUGUGAAGGUCCAGGACUCAUUAAAGAUGGAGAACAGUGCUGUGACUGUGGCAGUACGUGUGCGUCCCUUUAAUGGAAGGGAGAUGGCAGAAAAGGCUGUUCAAGUGAUCUUCAUGAACGGCCAGGAGACUGUCGUCCAGCACCCUGUCUCUAAACAAACCCAUUCCUUUACCUAUGAUUUCUCCUUCUGCUCUGUGGACAAGACAGAUGACGCUUUUGCCAGUCAGAAAACUGUGUACGACACACUGGCCAAGCCACUGCUCCACCGGGCCUUCGAGGGAUUCAACACCUGCCUGUUUGCUUACGGACAAACGGGUUCCGGCAAAUCAUACACGAUGAUGGGCUUUGGAGAAGAGGCUGGAGUUAUACCCCGUUUCUGCCAGGAGAUGUUUUCCAAACUUGCCUCUAUGCAGACUGAUGAGGUAAAAUGUCAUGUUGAGAUGAGCUACUUUGAAGUUUAUAAUGAGAAAAUCCACGACCUCCUGGUGACCAGGGAUGAACCCAACCAGAGGAGGAUGCCUUUGAGAGUGCGAGAACAUCCUGUCCACGGACCAUAUGUUGCUGAGCUGUCUGCGAAUGUUGUUGCUUCUUACAACGACAUCAAGGGAUGGCUAGAGCUGGGAAACAAACAGAGAGCCACAGCUGCCACAGGAAUGAACGACAAAAGCUCCAGAUCACACUCCGUCUUCACGCUAGUUAUGACCCAAACUAAGACAGAGUAUGUGGAGGGCGAGGAGCACGACCACAGUAUAACCAGCCGGAUUAACUUGGUGGACUUGGCAGGGAGCGAGCGUUGUAACUCGGCACAGACCAGCGGGGACCGACUCAGAGAAGGAGCGAGCAUCAACAAGUCCCUGCUCACUCUGGGAAAAGUCAUCUCCGCUCUGUCAGAGCAAGCGCUGAGCAGGAAGAAGGUCUUCACUCCGUACAGGGAGUCUGUUCUUACAUGGUUGUUGAAGGAAAGCCUGGGCGGUAACUCCAAGACCGCCAUGAUCGCCACGUUGAGCCCGGCUGGCAGCAACAUGGAAGAAAGCCUGAGUACACUUCGCUAUGCUCAGCAGGCCAGGACCAUAAUAAACGUGGCAAAAGUCAACGAGGACACCAGCGCCAAGCUCAUAAGAGAACUGAAGGCAGAGGUGGAGAAGCUGAGAGCGGCUCAGAUGAGCGCUCAGGGCAUCGAACCAGAGCGUGUCCGACUCUUUCAACAGGAGAUCACCACCCUUAAGAACAGGCUUUGCCAGCAAGAAAGAGAAAUGCUCGAGGCCAACAGAGCCUGGAAAGAGAAACUGGAACAAGCAGAAAUUCGCAAACGAGAAGAGACUAAAGAGCUGCAGAAAGCUGGUGUUACCUUUAAAGUGGAUAAUCGCCUCCCCAAUCUUGUCAACCUGAAUGAGGACCCUCAGCUUUCUGAAAUGCUUCUGUACAUGAUCAAGGAGGGUCGAACCACAGUGGGCAAACUGAAGAGUGAGUCCAGUCAUGACAUCCAGUUGAGUGGAGCCCUGAUUGCUGAUCAACACUGCACCAUUACGAAUAUGAACGGCACGGUCAGCAUCAUUCCCAAGGACAAUGCCAAGACAUUUGUCAAUGGAAAUCUGAUCUCAGACACCACUGUCCUACAUCAUGGUGACCGUGUGAUUCUGGGUGGAGACCACUACUUUCGUUUCAACCACCCAGCCGAGGUGCAGUCUGGGAAAAGAGUUUCCUGCUGGACCGGCGCAGGCGACGGUCAAAAAGACUUUGAGUUUGCCAAAAACGAGCUGCUGUCUGCUCAAAGAGCUCAACUGGAAGCAGAAAUUGAAGAGGCCCAAGUGAAGGCGAAGGAGGAGAUGAUGCAGGGAAUCCAGAUGGCCAAAGAGGUCGCCCAGAAGGAGUUGUCUGACCAGAGGGCUCUUUACGAGGAGAGAAUUCAGGCCCUGGAGAGUGAACUGAACCAGGAAAAUGAGCGUAAGCGUCUGCAGGAGCUCCAGCAGCAGCGGGUGGCCAGUCAGAUGGAAGAACUGAAGAUGGCAAAGUUGGAGCUGGAGCAGGAAGUGGACAGCCACAAAAAACGCCUCCGCCUACAUAUGGAGGCGCAGGCAAUGGAAGAGCGCCGUGUGUGUCAGGCGAAGAUUGUUGAUGCUCUGGAAGCAGAGAAGAAAAAGAUCAGCAAAGAGCUGGAGGACAUUCAGAAGAAGAGGGCGAUGAGAGAAGUGAACGCUCCGAGAAAUGCUUGUUCUCAGUGGGAUGCCAUGAAACUUUCCUUGAUGAUCGAAGAGGCCAACAAAAUCAGUGCUAAACUCAAGAAGAAGACUGUUUUCAGCAGACACGAGAGUCCUACUGAAGACAAACCAGAAGGCCAAGAUGCACUCCAGGUCCGCGUCCAAAACACCAAAUUGGGCAUCUCGACAUUUUGGAGUCUGGAUAAAUUCCAGAACAACAUGGCAGCCAUGAGGGAGCUGGAACAGGGCGAUUCCACUUCUAAAGACGACGAUGUGUUUUAUGACCCUGGUGAUGAGUGGGAGCAAGAUAUAUCGGCUUCCUCUGCUUCCACAUCUUCCCUCUCCCGUCGAAGGAGCAGAAGUUUGUUGAAGAGCAGGCGAAUUUCUGGGCGUCUUUAUGAAAUUCGGGUCCAUCCAAUCCAGAGCUUAAACAAGGAAGCUUCUCAAACGACGGGUUUAAUGGGGGUCAAUAAACCGCCCUCGACACAUUCCAGCGCCACCGACUCUGCCAUGCCUGGCAUCUGCAAGGAUCUUGUCAGCCAAUCGUUGGCUCGUCUGCGUAGUAGCAGGAGCGCCGAGGAGAGCUUAGCUGACAGGCUGGCCUCUGACAUGUACCUGGUGUACACCGCCAUCCAAACCAUAUCCAGCGAUUAUGAUCAUUUGGAUGAUGAGAGCCAGGAAAAUGUGUUUGUUUGCAGCACCCAGUCUCAAACUCAGCUUAUCAAGGCCAGCGCUGCUGUGGAGAGUGGAGUUUUUGUCCUCCUGCAGUGGUUAACCAGCGUGAAACCGUCCUCUGGUUUGCUCUACACGCUCGCAGAGGACCUCAAGGGCCAAGUUAAGAAGAUGGGGGGGCUCCUUCAGCUGUUAAUUCAGGGCUGCGAGUCUGAAAUCACAUCCAUGGUGACGGAGGCACGGCGGAAGAGCGGCCAGUGCGCGGACGCGCUCAUGCUGACGCUCGGCCACUUGGCAGCGGUGACAUCCACGCAGCUCAACGCGCUGGAGCUGGGCGCCCAGGCCAUGGGCAAGCCAUCGGUCAUUGUGAAUCUUCAAAAUGGAGUGAAUAAAGGCGUCUGCUCACUCUUGGAGGACAACCUCGGAGUCACCAGGGAAAUGCUGCGGGAGGCUCAGCUGGCGUAUCCAAGGAAUCCCAUCCUCAAAUCCCUGAAAUCAAAAACAUUGGAUUUGGCUCGUUCUUUGCAGAACUACAUGCAUCACCUGCUCAUGGAGAGAGAGAAUUCAGCUGAGGUCGUGGACGAAGCCAAAGAAGACCAGUCGACCUUGCAGACACUCAAAUCUGCAGCAAACAAGCUGUUUGAACUGAAGCAGGAGGUCCAACUCUUGAACUCUUCUCUGUCCAGCACUCUGCGAGGUAAAGAGUGCGAUGCCACCAGCUACAAAGAUCAGAUCACUUCCUCGGCCAAGACUGUGGAUGAGCUGAUCAUGUCCGAAAAGGAAGAUGGGAUGAGUUCCUUGCAUCAUCCGACGGAUCAGAACUUCAUGGCUGCCAGAGAUGAUCUCCACUGCGCCUUACAGUCCCUGCUGGCUACUUGGGAUCUCCAGGAGGAGUUGCAGAACACAGGUUCAACUGAUUUGGAACAAAGUUCCUCUGAAAAGAUGUCGCUCAAAGAAACUUCUUACUCCUCAAGUCGAUUUGCUAGUUCAAUGCAGCAGCGUCCUCUUGGUGUGUUGUCUAAAAGCAGCCCGCAUUGGGUUUAACACACCUCUGUGGGUUUACUGUAUAACUGAGCUAUUGCACAAGUGAAAAUAAUGUCAGUACCAUUUUGUUCUACUUUUUUAUCUCAAUUUUGUGGGCUGCAUAAGAGUUUUUAUCUAUGAGAUUUUGAUGGCAAGGCAUGUAGUAACAUUUAAAGCAUCACCUGAAGCACUCUUCACGUCUUCGUCACAGACUUUCAAAUGUUGUACGCAUCUCACAAAAUAAAUUAUUUAGUUUAGUGUUUAUGCUUUUAUUUUGGCACUUUCCAGCUUAGGACGGCCAAAAAGUGCUCACCGGAGCCGACUAGCCAGUCAAAGGAAGUGAGUCAGUGAACCUUAUCUCCCUGUUUACGUUUGCUUUGAUUGGAAAAAAUGCAGCCAAGUAGGAAGAAGUUGAAAACCAAGCUGGCAUUUUGGGACAACUCUUGUGAUAAGAUGGAAGAUUACCCGGCAUCCGAAUAAACACUUUCCAAGUAGUCCGAGUCCAAGUCUAAUGUCAAAGGUUUUUUUCAUUCUCAGUGACUUGCUUUUUGAUUUGUUCUAGAUAAAUGUAAGAGGUUGCUUUGGAUGACUGUGCCCAUGAUGUUUGUAGUAUAAUGUGCCAAAAAAAAACCAUUUCUACGGACGUCUGAUUCUCACGACUGAGCCACUGCUUCUCUAAAUUCAAAGAUGGAUGUGAUGAUAAGGAAUUGGAUGCACAGUUUGUAUAUUUUUGUAGUCAAAUGUACCUCUGGUGGUUAUUGAAAGGGAAGUAUGGAGAUUAUAAUCUUGCAAAA